CCUCCUUCUUCGCCUGGAGCACUGUGUCCCCACCACCCUCACUCAGCAUCACCAUGAAGAGCAUCGCCGUUUUUGCCAUCUUUGCUCUGACCACCUCUGCCUGGGCUGCCUCUCCACGUGCAUUUGGGACACAGGUGGACUGCUCCCGAUACAACAGCAAAGGGGCCGCAUGCACAAGGCAGUGGACUCCCCUGUGCGGCUCAGAUGAGCAAACCUACAGCAAUGAAUGCAUGCUUUGUACCCAAAGCCGAGCUAAAGGAAUGAACAUCAGAAAGCUUCAUGAUGGUGAAUGUCGUCAGGUUGAGUGCACCCAGACUUCUGACAUCUGUACCAUGGAAUACAUACCUAUCUGCGGCUCCGAUGGACAAGUCUAUUCUAACAAGUGCAUGUUUUGCAAUGCUGUUAUAAACAAGUACUCUGGCCAGAUGUAUUUCCAGAACUAUGGCAACUGUGACUCUACUGAUUCUCAACAGAAGCAAGUUCCACUCAGCAGCAAGUACUAAUUACACUAGGAAGGCUGCAGGGGUGAACAUAUGAAAUUGAUUCUUCAAUAAAAGAUUCUCAGCA